ACCCCGCCGAGGGCCGUAGCUCUGCUGCUGGACCCAGAGGUCACAAGGGGCCCAGAGGUUCCUAGGGGCCCACAGCAAUUUCUUAAUCGUGCUUUAAAGAAAGUCCCAGAAUUCCUAGCUCCGGCCGGGUUGUGGGCCGUCCAUGCCGGUGUCCUGCUGCGGGACCGUCCAUCACGGCUCCUCUCCGAGGAGAGUCAUCCACAAGAAGCCGGGAAUCAGGACUUGUUUGAGUCAGCCGUGCUCUUCUGUCGGGCUGAGGAUGCUGCGGACUGCGCUCAGUCUGGAGGGAGUCGAGGAGCGAGACGAGGAGCAGGAGGACGAAGGAGAAGAUCCGAGGGAUGGCGGGAUCCCGUUCAUUAUUAAUAGGGGAGGUCUGCCCAUAAACGAGGAGACCUGGGAGCAGAUGUGGCGGCACGUCGCCCGCAUACACCCGGAUGGAGAAGCAGUGGCCAGGAGGAUACGGGGAACCGGCGACCUCCCCAAGAUUCCAGUACCAAGUGUGCCUACAUUCCAGCCCAACAGCAGUAUUCCCCAGCGCCUGGAAGCCAUACAGAGAUACAUCAGGGACUUGCAAUACAAUCACACUGGAACACAGUUUUUUGAGAUCAAGAAGAGCAGGCCGCUCACAGCAUUGAUGGACAUUGCCAAGGAAAUGACAAGAGAAUCUCUACCAAUUAAAUGUUUGGAAGCCGUUAUCCUCGGGAUUUACCUCACCAACAGCAUGCCGACCGUCGAGCGGUUUCCUCUCAGCUUUAAAACACAGUUCUCAGGGAGUCAUUUCCGUCACAUUGUGCUGGGUGUCCACAGCGGCGGCCGCUUUGGUGCUCUGGGCAUCAGCCGCCGCGAGGACUUGAUGUACAAACCGCUGGAGUACAAAACACUCACGGACCUCCUUCAAGAGUUCCAGGUGGCCUAUCGGAGAUACUGGCACACACUGUGCAAGGUCAAGAUCGGUCAUUAUGUGUCACACGACCCACACAGCGUGGAGCAGAUUGAGUGGAAGCAUUCGGUGCUGGACGUGGACAAGCUGUCCAAAGAAGAGCUGAGGAAAGAGUUGGAGAGCCACACUCGGGAUAUGAGGUUGAAGAUCGGUAAAGCUGCUCCACCAUCACCGUCUAAAGACAGAAAGAAGGAUAUGGGAUCUCCUCUGAGGAACCCAGGCAGCCCGAUGCGCAAGAACAGCCAAAGCGACAGACGGUCGUCAGUGGAGAAGCGGUCCGGGCCGGCGGGGCCCGCGGCUGAUGUGAACGGAUACCAGAUCAGGGUCUGAGAUUCACGAGACAAAGACUGAAACGCAGCCAUGAGAGGAUGAAGAUGUGUGUUCACUUGAACUACACAGAGAAUGUGUUCACUUAUAAGGGUAGACACGAACACCUCCUCUAAUCAUUCAUUUAGUAGAAUAGCCACAUUAUGAACAAUGCAUCAUAUUUAUAUUCGUUUUAAUACUAUGCCUCAGCUGUUCAUUCUGCUGUAAGCAACUUUUCAUAUUUAAUCUGUAAAUACAGUGCAAGUUAACCUUUAACACUACUAGACACUGAUGUAGAGGAUAGCCUGUAGUCCAUUUAUUGGUGCCUUUGAUCAGUUUUUGGACUGCAAUGAUUUUCUGGCUCAGUAUUUUUGCCUUGUUUUCCAGUAUAGUCUUAACAUUUCUAAAUCAUUCAAGAUACUUUUUCUUUAGAAGCAAAACAACUCGAUUUUGAGUCUUGUUUUCUGAAGAAGAAAAAAAAGCAAAGCAAAAGUAUUUGCUCAAAACAAGAAAUAAUAUCUGUCACUUGGGUCAAAUGUUUAGUUUUCUUGUUUUGAGCCUCUAGUAAAUGUAUCUUGAUUGAAGAAUGUUUAGAUAAUUUUAAUAGAAAACAGAA